AUGUGUAAGCCUAAAGCUCAAGGAGGCAUGGGUUUUAGGAAUUUGCAAGCUUUCAACAAAACAAUGCUUGCAAAGCAAUUAUGGGGAAUUCUCCAAAACCCAAACUCUCUAAUGGCAAGGGUUCUCAAAGCUAAAUACUUCCCUACUGGAGAUAUUCUAAAUGCUAAUCUUGGAAGCUCCCCCUCAUAUUCUUGGAGAAGCAUCCACAGUAGCCUUGGUGUAAUAAGGAAGAACACUCGGUGGAGAGUGGGAUAUGGAAAAUUAAUCAAUAUAUGGGAAGACAAGUGGCUGCCAACCCCAUCUACGUACAAGGUUAUUUCUCCACCUAAUGAUAAGCCCCAAUUCCCAAUGGUCUCUUCUCUCAUUGACCGAGUGACAAAAUGGUGGAGAGUAGACAUGAUAAGAGCAACUUUCCUUCCUUUUGAAGCUAACUUAAUCCUGAGGAUACCAUUAAGCCACAACCUUCCAGAAGAAAAAAUUAUCUGGAUAGGGAAUAACCGGGGAGACUUUACAGUCAAAAGCGCUUACCAUAUAGCCCAUAACUUGCUGGAAUCAAGGGAGAAAGAAGAAUGCUCAAAUGGAGACCCUUGCAAGCUGGUUUGGAGGAAAUUAUGGCACCUUAAUCUCCCAGCAAAAAUUAAAAUUUUUGCUUGGAGAGCUUGUGUCAAUGGACUCCCUACAAUGGAAGCCAUUUGUCGCCAUGGGAUUACUCAAACUAAGGGCUGCCCUGUUUGUGGUAGUGAACUUGAGAGUCUUGACCAUGCCCUUCUUUGUUGUGCCUUUUUAGCAUCAGUUUGGUGUCUUUGGUCAGACAAUCCCCUUCACACUCAUGGCAUCAAAAAAUCUUUUCUUGAUUCCACAAUAUUCAUUCUCUCCCAUGCAACUCUUCAGGACUUGGAGAUUUUCUUUGCCAUUGCGUGGGCUAUCUGGAUUAACAGAAAUAAGAUUGUGCACAAGGAUUCUAGUCUACUUCCUCUUCAAGUGUGGCAAUUGGCAAAAAAUGUUUCUAAGGAUUUUACUUGCUUCUCUGUUGAACUAACAAAGGUUUUUGCUUUGGAGCAUGGUAUUCUAUUAGCUCAAGAGCUUCAUCUGGCAUGGGUCAUUGUUGAAUCUGACUCCCUAAAUGUCAUCCAAGCAAUCAAUGAAGGUGCCACGGGGAGUAGCAUGGGACAUAUCAUUCAAGGAAUUCUCCAGGUGAGUGUUUCUUUUAGUCCUGCCUUUUCAAGCACAUCAAUAGAAGCUUCAACACUGUGGCUCAUGGGCCUGCUCAACAUGCUCGAAGAUCUAGUCUCCAUUGCCUCUGGAAAGGAGUUGCUCCCCCCUGCAUUUCUUCCUUCCUGCAAUCUGAUUUGA